AUGGAUGUGAUUAAUUUCUCCCCACUCCACCAACGAGCCAAAAGGGGCUGAGACCGACGAGACCGACCUGCCGUGCCUCUAGGCGUCCAUCCAGCGAUUGAAUCCUCUCUCGCUUCGUACACCUGUCCGGACAUCCAUUCCAACCCGCCAAGGCCAUGGCCAUGGCCACUACGACGACCAACCCUCAUGACCCCGUGGGGGCACCCGUGCAAGAUUUCCGAUCGGUGCUAAGCCAGAGGCUCUCGGCCAAACAAUCCACGCUGAAAGCCACCGAAGAUACGCUGCGCCGGUACUCUGCCCCGCACCUCACCACCAACGCCGGUGUGUAUGAAGGCAAACCCGGACGAUUUCAGCAUCGACUAGGCCCGCCGGUCAACGGCGCAGCUGGCCCUAAUGUUGAGGGUCAACGGCCGGCUCUGCGUGGGCGCCUAGGACCUGUCAGUGCGCCAGGGGUGCGAUUGGCAGCGGGUGCGGCAAGACGCCAUAAUCGUGUGGUGGGUCCCGAGGAUGCGGGAGAGAGCGAGGAGCCCGAGGAGCGCAAUGUGGGUGUCAAGAGUGUGCUGAGUCGCGUAGUGAUUGAACAGAAAUCGCGAGAAGACGCCUUGAAAGAGAAGCAACUGGAUAAGAAAGAGGUGCAGCGCAAUCGGCGCAUGUUUGGCAAUCUUCUGGGCACAUUGCAGCGAUUCCGCCAGGAUGAGACCAAGAUCAAGGACAAAGUGGAGAAGAAACGUGAGAUUGAGCAAAAAAUUGACGAGAAAACCGCCCGGGAGAAACAAGAACUUAUGCAAGAGAAACGCAAUCUUGUGCAAGAGAAGAAACGCCAACAGCAUGAAAUUCGGGUUAUUCAGGUACAAAUGAAACGAGUGGAGCAGUUUGAGGCCUGGGAAAAGGCCAAACGUCAUGAGAUGAAUUCAAUUCGCACAUCUACCGGACAUCCACAUACGAUCUACUACUGCCCGCGUGAGCACAACGAGCUCACUUUGACCAAGUUGGAAGAGACGAUGGAUGUGAUUGAAAACGAGAUCAAGGACAUGCGUGUCAAAUUCGAAGAGGAUCUGCUCAAAAUCGACGAAAAGGUCAAAGAUUUGACCAAGGACCCAGAAUUGGAAGAUUUCUAUGAAGAUGAGCCAGACGAGGACGAAGACCCUCUUAAGCCUAAAUCUCAAAUUGUGUCCGCAAUUGUGGUACCCCCUUCGAAUGAAUCCACGGACGAGAAGGCCCCACCGCCCAAACGAGUUGCUCCGGCAAACGAAGCCGACCGCCCGAGGAAAAGAUCACGCCCAGAAACUAAUGAGUCCAACGGGAAAUCCCCUCUAGAACAAGAUGAACAGAUUAAGGUGCCAGAGAAAGCCCCUGGACCAACAAAGGAUGACAUCAGUGGGGCCAAAAAAGAGGAGACCAGCCUGGAAACCAAGCCCAAACGCGAGCGAUAUCGCAGUAAAUCGCCUUCAACUUUGCGGCCUCGCAGUAAGUCUCCCCUAGUCGGGCGUCAGCAUAGUAAAUCGCCCGCGGCUCCACCAUCGCAAAAGAAACGACAAUCGUCGCCUUCACCUCGGACUUUAAAGAAAAAACGCGCCUCAUCGACUAGAAAAAAAGUGACUCCGAAAAAGCGAAGAAGACGAGACUCGUCAAGUUCAAACUCCUCCGACUCUUCUGAGUCCGACUCAGACUCUUCUCAAUCAUCUUACAGUGAUUCAAGCUCGUCCUCAUCCUCUGAUGGCUCAAGAAGCUCUGAUUCGAGUGAAGAUGAGCGGCAAAAGAAAAGAACGAGCAAGAAGAGAACCACUACCACUUCAACAAGGAAUGGAAAGAAAGACCGUAGGAGAUCAGACCGAGAUCGCUCUUCUAAGAAGGCCCAAGACGUGGAUUUAAGGAAGGUGAAGAAAGAGCCCAAGAUCAAACAAGAGGUCAUCAAGCAAGAGAAGAAGGAUUGAACAAAUGAACUAAUACAAGUGUGUCUGUUGUUUAUGUUCCCGUUUCAGGGAUGUUGUCUGUUUUUUUAAGGUCUCAAGAAUAGACAGAUCUCGUCAUUUCA